CUUAUGACGUUUAAUGUACGCCGCAUCACAUUGCAAAAUAACACCGUUAUGUUAACGUUAUCCGUAAACAUAGAACAUCACCCUUGUAAGGUGGUGUGUAUUCUCGGAUGAACUUCAGACCCAAAAGUACAUCAGACCCAUCCCUAGAACAGAGACCAUGACCAACCCACUCAGGGGACAAGUGAUCAGGUUGUACAAAACUUUGCUGUACCUGGGGCGAGAUUACCCUCAAGGCUUUACAUUCUUUAGGGAACGUCUGAAGACGGCGUUUAUGAAGAACAAAGAUGUCACAGACCCAGAGAAGAUUAAAAAGCUUCUUGCCCGUGGGGACUUUGUCAUCAAGGAAAUCGAGGCCCUCUAUUUUCUUAGGAAGUACAGGGCAAUGAAGAAACGCUACUAUGACCCUGAAAACCCUCAACCCUGAAACUACAGUUUAUAAGGCUGAUGUCACCUGGCAUCAGUAUCAGUACAAGUCAGUGGCAUCCAUCCACAAACAGUUUGAAAGUAAACUGUAUUCAAAUGAGGACUGUGCUGUGAGCACUUUGUUACUGAGUAAAGUUGCUGACAGAAGUUCAGCUCUAGCAGAGGGACAUUUCCCCUUGACAGAAGAGACUGUAAACAUCAUGCUGCACUAAGUGUCAUAUUAUGUAAUAAGGCCUGCCUAAAUGUCACUGUUUCUUUUUUGAUGUAUGAAUGACAGUAUGUUAACAUUACCUGAACAUUGAAGGAUGUAACAGAUUGACAAUAAAUGUUUUUUUAUUCUUA